AUGUGCCUAGCUCCUCUACCCAAGGGAUAUAUUGCCAUGUCUACCGUUGUAUAUUUUAUCAUGAACAUGCUGGGUGAAAUGACCACCUACCUUCCUGUUCGCGGUAGCCAAGUUGAGAUUUGCCAUUGGUUAGCCCUUUCAGCCGCUGGAGAAGCGGUCUCAUCUCACCGCAAUAUUCCUAAAGCAACUAAUCGUCUCAUUACCUUCUUUUCACAUAUUAUGCCCUUGGUACCUUGGCCAUUGGAGUGA